AUGAAGUCCAUGGAUGCUGGCCGUCGCAAUGAUGAUCAGGAGCCAAGCCCACCACCGCCUCCCGUAUCCGUCUUCGAGCCUCGACUUUCAACCCCCAUUAGCCGCGAAGGUUCCUCGACCGCUCAGAAAUCGCCGCGCGGGUCAGACCCUCAUGGUAGCAGCUUUCCUACAUUUGCCAAGAAGACGCCCACGAAGCUCGUCCGAUCUACAAGCCCGAACGCAAAAGACGUCAAGCCUGCCAAGGCUUCGCCUGCCACCGUCCAAUCCCCCGCCGCAAUCGAUCCGCUAUCACAGCACAUCCUGAUUCGAACAAACACCGAUCACACUGUCCCUCUUCAGCUUCGGAGACGUCCGGAAAGCCCAAACCCCGACCCAGAACAGCCUUCCAAGCUGCCGCCCUACACCUUUGAUGCCAGCAAAGACAAAAAAAAAGGGCCGUCAUUUCUGAGUCGAUUGAACAUACGUGGAGGGAGGCGACGCGAUGAUGAUGAUGAGGACUCUGUCUUCAGCGACCACCGAAUCGACGGGACGAACGCCCAGGCACUUUCCUCAGCCAUUGGCUCAGGAUACAUCCCUCACCACAAGGAGCCGCCAAGAUACAUCCGGGUCAAGGCACAUAACAAGAAGACACGCGAAUUCAACCGCAUGUUUCUUUCCCAGGAGCUGAUGAUUCCGGAAUCCGAACCAACUAGCGACAAGAACACGGCCGUGACAGCGUCGAUUGACACUGGGCGAUCGAAUAACAGCGGAGCCAUCUGGGCUACCGAAUUCAGCACUGAUGGCAAGUACUUUGCUGCCGCGGGCAAAGAUCAAGUCGUGAGGGUCUGGGCAGUGAUAUCAACUCACGAGGAACGACGGCGGCAUGAAGAGGAAGAAAAUGCUAGAGGAGAUCAUGGAGAAAGGUUAAGUGCGCCUGUCUUUCGGAGUAAGCCAGUCCACGAGUUCCAAGGGCACACUGGCGAAGUACUUGACCUCAGCUGGAGCAAAAACAACUUUUUGUUGUCCUCUUCGAUGGAUAAGACUGUCCGUCUCUGGCACAUGAGCAGGAAGGAGUGUCUUUGCACGUUCAAGCACAAGGACUUUGUCACCUCAAUUGCAUUCCAUCCCACCGACGACAGAUUCUUCUUGGCGGGAUCUCUAGACUCGUCUCUACGUCUAUGGAGCAUUCCCGACAAGGCGGUGGCCUAUUCCACUCAGUUGUCGGACCUGAUCACGGCAGUGGCCUUUUCGCCUGAUGGAAAGACGGCCAUUGCUGGGGGUCUCUCAGGAAUGUGCAUGUUCCACGACACCGAGGGUCUUAAGCAGACUACCCAGCUGCAUGUUCGUUCGUCAAGGGGCAAGAAUGCCAAGGGAAGCAAAAUCACGGGAAUCAAGACAAUGGCCAUUGAUGACGAGGUCAAGGUUUUGAUCACGUCCAAUGAUUCGAGAGUCCGCAUCUACAACCUGCGCGACAAAAGUCUAGAGUGUAAGUUCAAGGGCUACGAGAAUACCUGCAGUCAGAUCCAUGCCGGUUUUAGCGACAAUGGACAAUGGAUUGUCUCUGGGAGCGAAGAUAAGAGAACGUAUAUCUGGUCGGUGCAUUCCGGGGACUCGGAGAGGGACAAAUCAUGCGAGUAUUUCGAUGCGCAUUCCGAUCGAGUAACAACAGCAGUUUUUGCACCGACACAGUCACGGCAGCUCCUUGGCGGCUCGGGGGAUCCUCUGUACGACCUCUGUAACCCACCGCCAGUGACUCUCAUGAGCCUUCAAGAAUCAAUUGCCAGUCAAAAGGGCAUUUCAGAUGACGAGAAACCGCAUAUCAAGAGACCGGAGGAAUCGCCAGCAUACAUUGAGAAGUCUAACCAUUUUGACGGCCAAAUUCUUGUGACCACGGAUCAAUCCGGUGUUAUCAAGGUUUUCCGUCAAGAUUGCGCAUACAUUAAACGGCGUCAUGAGAGCUGGGAAACCGGCUCAACAUUCUCUCGUCGGCUUGGAGGUAGCAUCAUAGGACGUAGUGGAAGUGUAGCGACGCGCACUAGUGUCGGCAGUCAUCCUCGGUCUCGUCGCGGGUCAAUGUCACGCCUGGCCGCCGCCCCUGGCGCUGCUCAGUUGAGCUCGGACAUCAAUACUUGGCGACAUGGGAUCGAGAACGGGCGCCCGAACUCCAUGAUCAUCACUCCUUCGCAGAGCGAGUACUCCUUGUCACCUGGCAAACCUACGCAAACGCCUGUCAACGCAAGUGCUGGGAACAUUGCAUCUGGGGCACGAAGACAACCAUACGGGUCACCACAGACACGUCCGCAACUUCCGGCGAGUCCCACGUCGAGCCGGGCCUCCCGUGACCGGGCUCCUUCCAUCCCACCCACUCCAAGUUUUUCGUUUCUCUCCGCAGACGACGACAGCGACGAGCUGCAACGCGACACCACAGGGCCCAAUCAUUCUUUCUGGAAUCUUAACCGUUGGAAAGGGAUCUCAUCACUGAGGUCAUCCGUAUCAUUCAGCAAUGCCAACACAUCACUCUCACAAGUGGGACAGGGGCGAAACAGCAUGGGUGCAGCAGACACGACACACACAGCCGCCAGCAACGGCACCAAGGCUUCUCGACGAAAGAGCAUUGGCCCGGGCAUAUACGACAAGGCGGUCGAGGAAGAGCAGGAUGGUAAGACGAAGGUGCUGGAAAAUGCGACUGAUAAAGCCGAGAACGAUGGCCAGCUUCUGCGGCCUGUCGGUAAUGGUUCAAACAUUCGAUUCUUGAAUGCUGUUGUCAGUCGCCUGAGCUCUGAACUCAGUAGUGAUGGCGGGGAACAACUACCUUGUCAAAAGUGCGCGAAUAAGGACUUCAAGGCGAAGAGAGUGGGCGGCAGACAACGCCUCAUUUGCGUACAUUGUGGCAAGCUUGCUGACGACGGCAAGCAAUGA